AUGACAGAGACAACGAUUAAACAAUUGGCAACCGUUUUUCCAAUAGAUGCUAAAGCGUUGGAGCCAGAUCCGAAAUUUCGACGACGUCGUUCUAUUAUUCGUGAGUUUAGUCUUAAUACUUCAACUCAUGGUAUUCCAGGUAUUGCACGUAGUCAAAAUAUACAUAAUCGAAUUUUUUGGAUAGUUUCAACACUCAUUUUUACUGGUAUUAUGCUCUUUUUUAUUGUUGAAUCAAUGAAAGCUUAUUUCAAUUAUCCAACACAAACAUCAGUAUCAUUUAUUGUCGAACGUUCACAAGCAUUUCCAGCAGUUAGUAUAUGCAAUUUUUCACCAAUUAGUUUUGAUAAUUUUAUUGAACCAUUUCUAAAUUUUACCAAAUUUCUAAAUUUGACUUAUACAAAUGAUACAAGCACCAUUUCUAUCGAACUAGUUCCUUAUAUUACUGAAUUUGUUCAAAAUUUACUAAAUGAUUCUGAGCCUGUAACUAGUUAUUUUUUUCCUUUGAAUUCAACGUUAAUCUCUUGCUUAUACAAUGGUCAACGUUGUCAAGCUAAUGAUUUUAUUCCAUUUUUUCCAUCUUCUUUUGGUCGUUGCUAUACAUUCAAUGCUAAAAUGAAGUUAAAUCAAAGUAGUGUACGAAGUACUACUGAUUUUGGAGGUAUUGGUAGAUUUGAAUUACAACUGUAUGCACACAGUCAUCAAUAUAUUCCAUAUAUUGCACGAGAUGUAUCAGUUGGCAUGAUAGCUAUGAUUCAUGAUAAUACAGAAUUACCACUUAUUGAAGUAGCUGGUAUUCAACUUGAACCUGGACGAAGACAUAAGUUAAGUUACAAAAAGAAAAUACAUGAAUUAUUAUCAUCUCCAUAUUCUGAUUGUACAAAUAAAAUUUCUCUCGUUAUACAAACAAUGUUCAAUCAAUAUGCAGAUGCUGAUUAUGCUUAUUCUCAAGUUUUAUGUUAUAUGCUAUGCAUACAAACAUACGUAUAUGAUCAAUGUGGAUGUACAGAUCCACGUCAGUGGACUGCUCGAUCUAUUAUGAUACUCGGUACCGAUCAAAUUAUUAAAGCACCUCUUUGCAACACAACCGAUCAAUGCUAUACAAAUGCAAGAACUCGUAUUACAAAUACGAUUUCAAUUUGGAAUCAAUUUUGUUCAGAUUGUUCACAAGCAUGUUCAACUGUGGAUUUUAUUAUUACAACAUCUGCAGUAUCAGCUCCAUCCGCUACUUAUAUUUUUGAUAUUAAAAAAUUCGUUGAAGAAUCUAACAUUAGAUUACCUAAAAAUUGGUCAAAUACAUGGCAAUCAGAAAUUCCAAAGAAUUAUCUUGCUGUCGAUAUUGUUUGUGAAACAACUCGUGUAGAAACUUAUACACAAGAUGCAUCAAUUAGUGGUGUUGAUCUUCUUUCAAAUGUUGGUGGUCAUACCGGUUUAUGGAUUGGUAUUAGUUUUUUAUCAAUAAUGGAACUUGUUGAAAUGCUUUAUCGACUUAUUCGAUAUGAUUAUUAUAUUCUAAAAGGAAAAAUACGAAGACGAAAUCCGGAACAGACUUUUUUUUAA